GGACACGGCACCGCGUUGCCGAGUUAUCGUUGCGCUCUCGGCGAUUCGGCGCCUCCUCUCUCUCUCUCUCUCUCUCUCUCUCUCUCUCUCUCUCUCUCUCAUUUCCCCCCAAAUCCUUCUCUCACUUCCCCUUCGCAUUCAAAUCUCUCUCUCUCUCUCUCUCUCUCUCUCUCUCUCUCCCUCUAACCUCGAAACCCUAACUCGGCCUUCGCUCCUCCUCGCCAAAGUCGGCGCCGAAUCCACCUCUGCGAUCCAUAAUCAAAUGGCAGAGCAACUAGACCCUGGUCCAAUUGACAAAUCUGUGCUGACAGAUCAAGAACGCCAUCGAUCAUGUGCCCUUGAAACUAAAAAGUAUAUCAAACCCAUCAGAUUUGUCGAGCAUGGACGAAAGCUGAACUUAUGGGAGAUGAAACACAGAGGAGUAUUAGCACUCUUAAAGAGAGCAGGUUUUUAUUAUUUAUCUAGAUUAAAGCGGGUCCAUCUAGACCAUGCAUUACUAAAUGCCAUUGUUGAGAGGUGGAGGAGAGAGACGCAGACUUUCCACUUACGCCAUGGGGAAAUCACCAUUUUAUUGAAAGAUGUGGCCAUUCUAUCCGGCCUUCUCGUUGAUGGGGCUCCGGUCACUGGCCGGACUGAUUACCAAUGGGAACAACUUUGCAAGGACCUACUAGGUCAAGUACCUGACCAGCUAAAGGGCGGAUGCGUCAAGAUCGAUUGGCUUUAUCAACAAUAUCAUGAAAUACCAUCCGAUGCAGGUCAAGAUCAGAUCGAAUAUACAGCUAGGGCCUACAUCAUGUACCAAAUCGCAUGCAGCUUAUUCCCAGAUCCUAGUGGUAAUCGGGUUCACUUAAAGUACCUGGCUCUCUUAAGAGAUUUUGAUGAAUGUGGUAAAAUGGCGUGGGGUGCUGCAGCGCUUGCCUAUCUUUAUAGAGAAUUAGGGAAGGCCAGUCUGGUAGGAAAAGCUGAGUGUUGCGGCUUUCUUACACUACUUCAGGUAUGGGUGUGGGAGCACUUGCAUGUGGGCCGCCCGCAGCGUCUAAAAAAUGGGAACUGGGAUGCCGCCCUAGACGAUAAGCCAUUGGGUUGUAGGUGGAAUGCCCCAUUACGAUGGCGAGAGAAUGUCAAGACCUCAGAUAUUGAGUUUUAUCGCAAUGAGCUUGAUAUCCAGAUGGAGUCUCAGGUAAUAUGGGAUCCUUAUACAUCUGAUUUGAUGGCUAAAUUACCCUCAUUUUGCAAAAGUGGGUCGGAGGUAUGGCGAUCGAAGGCACCUUUAAUUUGUUAUGAAAUUGUUGAAAUGCAUGUUCCGGAUCGUGUAUUUAGACAAUUUGGGAUGAUACAACAUAUCCCUGAGCCCGUGGAGGUAGUAGACCGAUUGACUAGACAAGGUAGAUCGGAAGAGAAUUGGUCUCAAUACCAUGAGCAAUAUAUAAAACGGUGGGAGGAUAGGCUAUCCAGUGUGGUCAAAGAACAAGAAUCUGAGGACCUAGACCCACUGAAAGCAUUGGAAAAGUAUAUGAAGUGGUAUUGGAACAUCACCCGCCGUUGGAUCUCUACGCCAGUUGAUCGCCCCGCCGUAUCGUACCAGCCUCAAGGCCAAGUCGAGAGAGUUCUGGUGAAUUUAGUGGUGGACAUUCAAGAACGAAUCAAAGACGUUCUAGCCAACACGACGGUGCCCCAGGAUGUCGCAGAGACUCUCAAUCAGAUUGAGGGGCGCAUCAGCUCUGUAUUAGAUGGGUUUAAGCUGCUCCAUGUUUCUUGCUCACUACCGAUCUCAAAAUGCAAUAUUCGAACUAACUCUUCGCAAGAACACCAAAAUAGCGGAGACCAACCAGCAAAUGAUCAAACUCAACCGUCUUCUCCUUUAGCUCAUUCAACUGAUGAUCAACUCACUGUAGCUACAACAGCGCUCGUCGAGCUCGGCCCACCGGCACUUGGAUCUCCUGUUGCAGACUCGAAUGCUACCAUUACUCCCCCCGUUAUUUCAGAAUUGCCCUCGCCUUCUCCAACUUUAACUGUUCCUUCGCCUCCUCCCUCUGCUCCACCCAUUCCUGCUGCACCUAGCCAAGAGAAUGCUUUACCCCUUGUCCCUGCGAAUAAAGAGAUGGUGCCUUCUACGUCUACUUGCGUCGCCACCACGAGGGCGAAAUUGUCAACUCCUUCCCGGUCUGAAGCCCUAUCUGCUAUAACUGCUCUCAUCCAGGCUUCUGAGGCUCUUGCCAAAGCCGCAAAGGCGCUGACUUGGCAGGACUUCGUGGAGGGCGAAGAUCGCGCGACUGACAUACAAAUAGAGGACAAUAACCGCAAUGUCAUGACUCAUAGUUCUGAUGUCUUGCACCUGGAUCGGAUGGAUGCUGCGGUCUUGAUGCGAACGGGCGGCCAGGAUGAUGCUGACGCGGGUGAUAAGCAGGGCGAGGUACAAAACUGCAAGGAAAAUAGAGUAGAAAGCAGUAGCGGUGGCGAGGCGGAGAAGGAUAAGGAAAAUGGAGUAGAUAGCAGUAGCGGUGUAAAAGCACAAGGAAAACGUGGAUAUGGGGAGUCGACGAUACAUGAUGAGGAUGAGAUGGUUCUGAAAGCUAUGUGGGAUCGUGGCCGAGCUAUGAGGAAGAAGAAAACGAAAAGGGUCCAUUCAUAGCACCUUCGUAGGUCCAGGUCUACUGUGUAAAUGAAUCCAGAUUAUAAAUUUCUUCUUUGUAAUCUGCUCUAGCACCAUACAGAAUAUCGACAUCUAACAGAUUAGUCCUUGAAGGAUAAUCACAACAUGUUCUUUUCUCUCAUUAUUGUCAUUUUUACCUUGAAGAGCAAUUCUUUUCGAAAACUAGGAUGUCUCUCUUUAUGUUGCAGCUCAACUUUUAUGGUCUUUCCUUCUAUUCUUCUUUUCGAAGUAGCGGAAUGCGAUCCAAUGUAGCUGUAUAACACUUGUUGGUUUCGCUGGUUUCCGUAUAUCUUCAUCAUAUUUUACUUUUAUGUUCAAA